GCUCAGCACCAUGGGCGUCGCAUUCAUCCCCCUCGACAAGGCCUACCUCACCGCCAUCUGGCUCGAGACCCUCUUCUACGGCGUCAACGUCUGUCUCUUCAGCUCCUAUGUGUACAUCCUGCGCUUCCGGCACACGCGCAAAGUGACGCCAAUCAUCUUCUGGGUCGCCGUGCUCAUGUUCUGCUUCUCGACCGUGCACGUCGCGCUCGGCUUCUGCCGCCUCAUCUGGGGCUUCAUCGACCUCCGCGACAUGCCCGGCGGGCCCGGCGCCUACUUCUCCGACGUGUCGACCCCGCCCAACGUCGCGAAGGUCACCAUCCACUCUGUGAACUCCAUCCUGGGCGAUAGCAUCGUCGUGUGGCGGUGCUGGCACGUAUGGGGCGGCAACUGGCGAGUAUGCGUCGUGCCCAUCCUGCUCAUCAUCGCGUCGGCGGUGUGCGGGUUUUCGCAGGCGAUCAUCUUCGCGGAGGCGAAGACCGUGCACAGCGCCUUUGCAAAUGAACUCGAGCGCUGGAACGGCUCGCUUUUCUCGCUAUCUCUGGUAACCAACGUCGUAGUCACCACGCUCAUCGCCGCGCGCAUCUGGUUCACGACGCGCGAGACGAAGGAGUUCGGGCUGCAGUCCAGCUUCCGCUACACGAAAGUGCUCGUGCUGAUCGUCGAGAGCGCGAUGAUCUACUCGUUCGCGCUCAUCGUCGAGAUCACGCUGUACUUCAUCGGCAGCAACGCGUUCUACAUCGUCUACGACCCCAUCGCGCAGCUCACCGGCAUCGUCCCAACGAUGAUCAUCGUGAUGUCCGUGCUCGGCCUGACCGCAGGCGACUUCGAGAGCGCCGCGACGCGGCGCGGGACCGGCGCGGGGGCGGGGGCGGGCACGACGCACAUGUCGACGAUGCGCUUCGAGCACGGGCGCACGGUCACGUUCUCGACCGCGCCCGGGCUCACGACGGACACGACGACGAGCGGGUUCGCGUCGUAUGCGGACGACUCGGCGCUUGAUGUAAGGAAGGGCGCGGGCGCGGGCGCGGGGGAGGAUGUGAAGAUGGAGGAGCUGGCGCCUGUGGAUGCGGAUGUGGAGGCAAGGCCGCGGUCGCGGUGAGGUGUCUGCAUGUGGGCGUGAAAAGAAAAGAGCGAAGGAGAAGCACUAUCUGACUAUCAUUAUCAUACUACCAUCCCGUCGACCGCGCCGACGCUUACAUGCUGUAUAUAUUUCCCCAUCUAUCGACCCCGACAUCUUGUACAUACCCGCAAUACGGCUCUUGCUUUCAAAUCCGAAAUCGC